CGCAGAGCGCAGGCGCCGGCGGAGGAGUGAGACGGGAGGGGGCCGAGUCGCGCGGCUCGGGAGAGCGCCCCUCCGCCCCGCGCGAGUCCCUGCGCUCCGCUCGCGCCUCACUGUCCGCGCCGCGCCUCGGGCAGCCAGAGCGCCCCCCUCGCGCUGCAGCGAGCGCCGCCCGCCGAAGCCCAGCCCAGCCAUCCUCCUCCUUCUUUUCCUCCUCCUCCUUCGCCGUCGGCGCCGGACACGCAGCCGCAGGCCGGGGCCGGGACGCAGCUGGGGAGGCAGGGACGCACGCAGCCAGCCCUUCCCCCUCCGGCUCCCGCACCGCCGGCCGCCUCCCCUCGCCCUCCGCUUCUCCCCUCCCUGCUCCUUCGCUUCUCCUCCUCCGCCUCUCCCGGUCCCGACUGCCAGCACCAUGUCCGCAGGGGGAGAUUUUGGGAACCCGCUGAGAAAAUUCAAGUUGGUGUUCUUGGGGGAGCAGAGCGUCGGGAAGACGUCUCUGAUCACGAGGUUCAUGUACGACAGCUUCGACAACACGUACCAGGCAACCAUUGGAAUUGACUUCUUGUCAAAAACCAUGUACUUGGAAGACCGUACGGUGCGACUGCAGCUCUGGGACACAGCGGGCCAGGAGAGGUUCCGCAGCCUGAUCCCCAGCUACAUCCGGGACUCCACGGUGGCCGUCGUGGUGUAUGACAUCACAAACCUCAACUCCUUCCAGCAGACCUCCAAGUGGAUCGACGAUGUCAGGACGGAGAGGGGCAGCGAUGUUAUCAUCAUGCUGGUGGGCAACAAGACGGACCUGGCCGACAAGAGGCAGAUAACCAUCGAGGAGGGGGAGCAGCGCGCCAAAGAACUGAGCGUCAUGUUCAUCGAGACCAGCGCGAAGACUGGCUACAAUGUGAAGCAGCUCUUCCGACGUGUGGCGUCGGCUCUGCCUGGAAUGGAGAAUGUGCAGGAGAAAAGCAAAGAAGGGAUGAUCGACAUCAAGCUGGACAAACCCCAAGAGCCCCCAGCCAGCGAGGGCGGCUGCUCCUGCUAAUGCAGCCUGACCCCACAGCUUCCUCCGACACUACUCGCUUGUUGUGUUGCUUCCUAUUGGUUAGCUUCCUAAAGGGGGGUGGGAAACGAGCUUAUUGAGAUGGGAGGAUUGUUCUUUUCUCUCUGUCUGUAGGAGUAGGGUGGGGUGGGGAGGGAGGCUGGGCACCAGGGAUCACGUCACUCUUAACAGCUGUUACUUAAACAACUAUUUUUUGGUUUGGUUGUAAUAUAUUGUACUUUAUUAAGAUUGCCAAAAACUGUUAAAAUUUAAAAAAAAAAAUUUAAAUCAUGUGUAUACAACUUUUUGCCAGAUAAAAAAAACGUAGUCAUUUUUAUUUGAAAGAUGUGCUUUUUUUGUUUUUGUAUAUUUGUAAACUUACAGAGAACCUUUUCCACACACCUCCUCAGUCCUGUCCUCUUUGAACUGUCCAUCACCUCUGCCUUCCUCCCACCCCCCAGCCCAGUAAACUAAAACAUUAACUGGGCAACUUAAUUAGGCUCCAGUCCGGGGCCACCUGGCCCAGACCAACCAGGCCCCACCAAACAGGUCCUGCCUGGUUAAAUCAAACACUGAUUGAACAAAGCCUCUGAGGAGGCAGCUCUGACUCUGUCAUUCCCCCGUGGCCAGAGGGGCACAUCAGCCAUGGCCCUGAGCUGACAUUACGGUCUUGUGGACUGCAGGGAGCCCUGCAGCAGGCCCGUUGCAAUGGCUCCUGCUUCUCCCUUUCCCUCCCUGAAAAACCUUGAAGUGGGCAAAGGGCACCUGCCACAGGCAACCUUGUGUUCUCUGUGGUCCGCCCAGUGAUUGGCAGAGCAAGAGGUCAUCGGAAGGAAGGACGGGGUGCUGUUGGCAACCGUGGGCAGUGCUGAUGUGUGGUUGGUUCAUAGACACAGGGCACCAUGUGUACUUCUGAAAAUGUUUUAGCCAGUCGGCCUGGUGUUCAGCGCACACAUCUGGGUUGAAUCUAUGGGAAGAGCAAAAGGAGACUCUGUGUGUGCUAGGGGAGGGCUGUCUGCAGAACCACUACCUUAAAGAGGCAUGUUCUCAGAUCCUCGGUUGCUAAUACUGUUCAGUGCUGCUCUGGAAAAGCAGACUUCUUGAUGUGUUUUUGCCCCACUGGCCCAGUGCAUUUGAAGUCUCUGUGGCUGUUGUGCCCACACUCUGGUCGCCUGAGAGUAGGGCUGCAGGGGAGGUCUCCAGAAGGCUGCCUGGAGAGAGCCAUCUUUGCCAUUUUUGACUCAUUUCUGAGAAGGGCUAAGUCUGAGGACCUGUAAAACCUCUGAAGGGAACUCUGUCUUCUAUGUGAUGUAACCUGCUUGGCCUGUAUUCCAAAUAGACCCAGACUCACUAACCCCGAACCUGCCCAAAGCCAGGCGGAAAACAGCAACUCUGGCCAAAAACAGUGAACUCCGCCCUCCAAGCUGGCUGACUCUUCCUCCAGGCUGCCCUUGGGCAUGUCACAGGUGAGCUAAAUGACCACCUGGGGUAUGAUAGGGGGUGAAUUUCUCCACAAAGCAGAGCUCAAACAAGUUAUUGCGAUGAAUUUUGGAACUUCUCAGAAACUACUCCAAAAUGGCAGCCAGUAAGUGCAGCGAAACACGGCAGGACUCGCUGCUGUUUGUCCAGUGGGCCUGCCACACACUUUCCGCCAAGGAGACUGGGUGUCAGAGCUGACCCCUAAAGAGAAGUUUAUCUUCAGGUGAAGAAAAGGGGGAGCAGAGUUCCCACUGAGCUCCUCUCCCUAAAGGCAAAGGCCAACGUACAAACGUAAUCCCAGUGUCGUGUGUUUAGUUUUUCUAUGUGUGUACAUACCUAUAUAUAGAGAUAGACUUGUGUAUACACCUGUCACACACACAUUCUCAGAGGUACAUGUGCUCAACGUAUAUUGUUUCUCCUGCUCUCAAGUUGGAACUUGCAUUGUGAUAACAGUUUUGGAAAUUCAAAAGUACUGCAAUGUGUUGAAAUAAGAAGUACUUAAUAUUGUCAAAAAAACCUUGUGAUUGUCUUUCCAUCAAUAAAAUAAUAACAUAGAUGUGUUAAACUACAGGCAAAAAUAGCCCACAGGAAUAUGUGCACUGUUUCUCCCUCUAUGUACUUACUCGCACGGGUGUGCAUGCCACGUGGGCUGGAGCCCCCCCCCAUCGUGGCACACCCCCCAGUGGUGCUUGUUGGAAGAGCGCUUACUUACCUCGUGAGAGUGUAUAGGAGUCCGUGUCACGGCAUCGGGCCUGGGCGGCAGUGAGGGCCAUUGCUCAUGGCCUCUGGGACAGCCUCAUUUGCAGGGAUCUGCACUGGGUCUCAGUGAACGAAUGUGCGGUGGAUUUUUAUUUUCUUGGUACUAAAGAGUAGCUUUUCUUAAAACAUUCCUAUAAAAAAAAUGUAGAAACUCAGUUCCCUCCUCGUGUGCACGCACACCCAAGGCACCAUGAGCUUUUUCUUCUACCCCGGCCUACAGGAACAGUCAGGGGCACGGGAAAUGUCAUUUGGCUGCGGUGGCCUCUGUGAGCCCGCCUUUCCUGGCACCUACCCAACAUCCCCUCUUUUGAGUCAGGCUCUCCCCAGCCCUGUGGGCCUCUGCCAGUGAAUGCAGUUGCCUCAUCUUGUCUUUGCAUCUUGGGGGUGCCAUCCCGUUCCAUGACCCUCCUCUCCUCAGGCCCGAUUCGCACCCCUGAUUUCCUGGUGUAUCAGGGCAGCCAGACCUCUUGCACAGAAGUGCAUUUGUUCUUUGGUUCUCAUUCUGAGUGGGUGCCGUCACUGUCCUUUUGCCCAUAGGUAGGAUCUUGACUCAGAGAGUUAAGGUUCAAUAGUAAAAAGGUCAGGUUCCCUUGAAGAUGUCGUGAAGUUGCCUCGGCGUCCCCAGUGACUGUGACGGCUUUGCCGAAUCCAGAUGGGCUAGCACGAGGCAAAGUGGAGGAAUCCGCUGAGGACAUGGUCUCAGAGACUAGCCCUGACUUGGGAGAUGAGCAGGGUCAUCUUUAGGCCUUCUUUUUUUCUUUGGGGGAGAAAAGCUGUCAGGAAAGCUGCUGUUUUGCCAGCACUGGAAAAUUGAGCAUAAGAUGGAAAAAGCACGUAGCGCAUUUUAAAUGCACACACGCCAGAACGGAAGUGUGAUAGAAACACCCGAAUGCUAGAAGUGCAUGGUGUAGUCAGAGGUGAGCAUGCUUGGUGAUUAUACGCCAGCUUCUUCUGGUUGGAGGCCUCCCUGCUGUCACUGUCACUGCUCCCUUCCUGUCAGCAUCCCCAAACAUUCUGUCAUGUCCACAGGUCCAAAGAGCAAUGGCCAGGUCAGUUCAAGUGUCCCAGGCAAUGGAAAGGAGCAUUGCACUGGUGGUAGCUCAGGAAGCAGACACGGCUUGAGGGCAAUGUCUCUGUGCUCCUGGUGGCCAGCCAGUGGUGUGAGCCCCUGCCCUCAAGCACCAGGUGUGACAAUAAUGGCACCGCUGGCUUCGGUGUCCUUCAGGCAAAGCAGCCUCAUUCCUUCACACAGUGGAAGGUAGGUGAGGAUGUCAGGA